AACGCCCUGAAGUUGGAGAUUUCCGAGUUCCCAGUUGUUUUGAACAUGGCAUUUUGCCCAAACCAGAAAACCGACAAGUGUCACGCCAACGAGAGAUUACAACAUCCACAAUGGAACUUUCAUAUCAAUCUAUCAAAACCGCAAAUCAAGCAAGAGAGGCGGACGAAAUGAGAACAGAGUCCAGAAGAAGAAAUCUACUCAUAUUAAUAUUUCAUCAUUUAAUGGAGGCGGGGUACAUGGAUGCUGCCAGUGCCCUGGAACAGGAGACCAAUGUCGUACUGCGGCAGUUUGAAGUGUGUGAUAAUAUAGAUCUCGACACAGUGUUGAUGGAGUAUGAAAGCUACUAUUUCAUCAAGUUCCAGAGAUAUCCCAAACUAACCAAGAAACUGCCACAACCAGUUGAAAGUAGACAUGCAAGAAGUUGUGGAAAAAAGAGAGCCCCCUGUACUGGAGUUCAGCCCCUUCCCAGAAUAAACUCCUCCCACAGACCCUUCUCCAGGGGCGGAGUCAAGAAGAUAGAACCCAAGAUGGUGGUCAAGGACGCCAGUAAAGCUGUUGGUGAGAACGGUGGGCGCUCAUCUCCUCCAGAGCCAACAGAGUUCGGCCUGAAUGUUUCCCCCAUCAUCAGGAACGAUGCAGGAGAGGGAGGAGGACAGAUGAAGAAGGGUCAGCUGAUUGACUACAGAGGCCUUAUCCAGGAUGCAUCCAACAGUCUGUCAGACCCCAUGGAGCGUCUUCUGAAACCCCUCAGUGCCUUCAGUGGGAUGAACAGUGAGAUGAGAGAUCUGGCUGCUGUUAUUAGCAGGGACAUCUAUUUACACAACCCCGCUGUGCGCUGGGACGAUAUCAUAGGCCUGCAGGCCGCCAAGCGAUUAGUCAAAGAGGCUGUCGUCUACCCUGUUAAGUAUCCACAGCUAUUCACUGGCAUCCUGUCUCCAUGGAAAGGUCUGCUUUUAUACGGGCCACCAGGUACAGGUAAGACCCUGCUGGCCAAGGCUGUAGCCACAGAGUGUAACACCACCUUCUUCAAUAUCUCAGCCUCCAGCAUCGUCAGCAAGUGGAGAGGAGACUCUGAGAAGCUGGUUAGGGUGUUGUUUGAGCUGGCUCGCUACCACGCCCCUUCCACCAUUUUCCUGGAUGAACUGGAGUCAGUUAUGAGCCAAAGAGGGACUGGAGGAGGAGGAGAGCACGAGGGCAGCAGAAGGAUGAAGACAGAGCUUUUGGUUCAGAUGGAUGGACUGGCCCGAUCUGACGACGUGGUUUUUGUCCUGGCAGCAUCUAACCUGCCCUGGGAGCUGGAUCAUGCCAUGCUGAGACGUCUGGAGAAAAGGAUUCUGGUUGGCCUUCCCUCUGGCCCUGCCCGACAAGCCAUGGUCUCUCAUUGGCUGCCUCCACUCAGCUGCACUGGAGGGGUGGAGCUACGCACCGAGCUGGCCUAUGAGACGCUAGCACAGGCGACGGAGGGCUACUCUGGGUCUGAUAUCAGGCUGGUGUGUAAGGAAACAGCCAUGAGACCAGUCAGGAAGAUAUUUGAUGCUCUGGAGAGCCACCAGCAGGGUAAGGAAACAGCCAUGAGACCAGUCAGGAAGAUAUUUGAUGCUCUGGAGAGCCACCAGCAGGGUAAGGAAACAGCCAUGAGACCAGUCAGGAAGAUAUUUGAUGCUCUGGAGAGCCACCAGCAGGGUAAGGAAACAGCCAUGAGACCAGUCAGGAAGAUAUUUGAUGCUCUGGAGAGCCACCAGCAGGGUAAGGAAACAGCCAUGAGACCAGUCAGGAAGAUAUUUGAUGCUCUAGAGAGCCACCAGCAGGGUAAGGAAACAGCCAUGAGACCAGUCAGGAAGAUAUUUGAUGCUCUGGAGAGCCACCAGCAGGGUAAGGAAACAGCCAUGAGACCAGUCAGGAAGAUAUUUGAUGCUCUGGAGAGCCACCAGCAGGGUAAGGAAACAGCCAUGAGACCAGUCAGGAAGAUAUUUGAUGCUCUAGAGAGCCACCAGCAGGGUAAGGAAACAGCCAUGAGACCAGUCAGGAAGAUAUUUGAUGCUCUAGAGAGCCACCAGCAGGAGAGCUGCAAAAUGCCUGUCAUUCACCUGGAAACCGUGACAACAGAGGACUUCCUGGAGGUGAUCGCUCACACCAAACCCUCGGCCAGGAACCUUACAGACAAAUACACCGCCUGGGAGAGGGAGUACGAAUCUGUCUGACGC